AUGGCCUUGCGACUCUCGAUGCGACGCCAAUUGGCGACCCUUGCGUCGACAGCACGCCCUCGCCUGGCGCAGCGAACCUACGCGACGUCGAACCUCUCCGAUGCGGUCAAGCAGAGCAUCGCCAGGGAGGCGUCCUUGCCCAAUCCUGACCCGGCCACAGACUCUCCCAGCGCCGCACUCGUGGGCGACCACGCCCAAUACAUGGUCGCAACCUACGCCCGCCCAGGACCCGUCUUCGUACGAGGCGAAGGGUCCUACCUCUGGGACCUGGAGAACAGGCGCUAUCUCGACUUCACCGCUGGCAUCGCCGUCAACGCCCUGGGCCACUGCGACCCCGAGGUCUCCCGCAUCAUUGCCGACCAGGCCCACACCCUGACGCACGCGAGCAACCUGUACUACAAUACCUGGACGGGCGAGCUCAGCAAGGCGCUCGUCCAGAAGACUCUGGCGUCCGGGGCUAUGCAGGAUGCCGUCACGGUUUUUGUCUGCAACUCGGGCUCCGAGGCCAACGAGGCGGCCAUCAAGUUCGCCCGGAAAGCGGGCAAGGUCGCGGACCCCAGCGGGCACAAGACGGAACUCGUGUCCUUCAAUGGCGCCUUCCAUGGCCGCACAAUGGGGGCGCUGUCCGCAACACACAACCCCAAGUACCAGGAGCCCUUUGCGCCCAUGGUGCCCGGCUUCCGCCAGGGCAAGUUCAACGACAUCGACGCCAUCCAGGAGACCGUCACGGAAAAGACGUGCGGUGUCAUCGUGGAGCCUAUCCAGGGCGAGGGCGGUGUUCAGGUCGCCAGUGACGAGUUUCUCAUCGCGCUCGCCAAGCGUUGCAAGGAGGUUGGCGCGGUCCUCGUGUACGACGAGAUUCAGUGCGGCAUGGGACGAACGGGAAGCUUGUGGGCGCACGGCCACCUGCCCAAGGAGGCGCACCCGGGCAUCCUCACCACGGCCAAGGCGCUAGGCAAUGGAUUCCCCGUCGGUGCGGUGGUGGUGAGCCAGGACGUGAGCGAGAAGAUCAUGGUCGGCGACCACGGCACCACAUUCGGUGGCAACCCUGUCGCGGCGCGCGUGGCGCAUCACAUGGUGACGCGGUUGUCGGAUGCGAAGCUGCAGGAGUCCGUGGUCGCCAAGGGUGAGAUCUUCCGCACCAGGUUCGAGGCGCUGCGCGAAAAGCACCCCGACCUGAUCAAGGAGGUCAGGGGCAAGGGUCUGAUCCUGGGGUUGCAGAUGAGCCAGGACCCGUCGCCGGUGAUCAAGGCGGCUAGGGAGAGGGGUCUGCUGAUUAUCACGGCGGGCGUGAACACGCUGCGGUUCGUGCCGAGCUUGACGAUUAGCGAGGCGGAGAUUCACGAGGGGCUUGACAUCCUGGAGAAGGCCAUUGCUGUGACGCGGUCAUGA